GUCUCCAACAAUAUAUCAGAGUUCUCAAUUUAAAGACAAGAAAUGAGUUCCUUGGAAAAGAAUUGUGUUCCUUCAUCCUCCAGAAUAGAACGUCUUCAACGGUGGCAGCAAUGCUACCCCAGUGAUUUGAGUUGUCCUAUCUGUCUCCAAACUGCUAAUCUCCCUGUAGAAACCAACUGUGGACAUUUCUUUUGUGGUUGCUGUCUAAUUGAAUACUGGAAACAUGGGUCUUGGCUAAGAGCAAUCAACUGUCCACUGUGCAGGCAAGAAGUUGUUUUUUUGUACACCUGUUCUGAAAACCGGCCUGACAAGAAAAGCAAGCGAACUUUCUAUGACAUCAGAACUUACAACAAACGCUUCUCAGGAUACCCUCAGCCUUUUAUAGAUCAUCUUUAUGACAUACCCCUCCUUGUCCCUGUUAUCCUAAGAGGAAUCUUCACGCUAGCUGGUCUCGUGUGGAUCUUUCUCUUCAGAGUUGUCAUCUGUUUUUUUGGCACCAUCAUGUGCUCGACCUGUCCACUUGAAAUGAAGCCUGAACCUCUUUGUGGGAUCUUGCAGGCAGCUGAUAACUUAGCUGUUAUAAUCUUACUUUUGAUUAGCUUUAUAAACAUUUGCCCUCGAAUGGAAUCAGAAGGCACAAACAUGAUGAUCUCUAGGGAAUAAAAUAUUACCUUGGCAUCAUCAUGGAAGGAACUGCAAUGUCUCUGAAAGGUCAAAAUUAACCAGGCCAUGAUACAUUUAUAAUGGAUUUAUAAUGGACUUAGUUUUAAAAAGUGAUUAAGGGCUAAUGUAUUGCAUUGAACUGUAAGCAAAUGAUAGAGAAUAUUUUGGCCAGAUGUUGUUAUGCUAAUAAAGGA